GUAGCAUUCCAACAUGCCCAACGCCCUUACUCUUCCCAAGCAUAGUUAAGCACCGUUACGCUGUAGAUCGCUAGGUUUCUCUAUUCGCUAUCGCAUCUGCUUUGUGAUUCGACUUACCUCUUCGUGCAUUUUUCUUUCCCCAUUUUCCAUUGUAGUGAGUUAUCCACGAUGGCGGUGUCUCAAGGCAGAGCUAGUGUCAACGCUGAUGCGACCAGUGCCAAGACAUCUAUUCCUCCUGCGUCGUUAGAAGAACCUCUGAACGAAAAGGCGGAUCCGAAAGAGGCUGUCGUAGUUGUGAGUGACGAUGCUGUUGAUAUUCCCAAGGCAGUCUACCCGGAGGGGUGGAAACUGUGGUUUGUCUAUGUCGCGACGCUCUUGACUAUGUUUCUUGUACCGCUAGACAUGACCAUAGUCGCAACGGCCAUCCCUAAAAUCACGGAGGAAUUCCAGAGUCUUGACCAGGUUGGAUGGUAUGGCUCGGCCUUCUUCCUAACAUUAGCAGCCUUCCAGGCGCCAUGGGGAACGAUAUACAAAUAUUUCCCUCUCAAAAUCGCCUACGCCGUCUCCGUUUUCAUAUUCGAAUUCGGAAGUCUGAUAUGCGGCGUUUCGAGGAACAGCCAGAUGCUCAUCGCUGGCCGUGUGAUCACCGGUUGCGGAGGUGCAGGCAUUACUAUUGGCACCUAUGUUAUUAUUGCUCGCCUUGUUCCGCCCUCAAAGGCCCCUGCUUUCAUCGGCGGUAUAGGUGCUGCUUUUAGCAUUGCGAGUGUAGCUGGACCUCUGGUCGGAGGAGCUUUCACUGGAGAAGUUACGUGGAGGUGGUGUUUUUACAUUAACUUACCUAUCGGUGGCGCUGCGUCCUUCAUCUUCUUCGCUUUAUUCCCCAAGCCAAGCACACCGCCCCAACCAGUAGCACUAAAGGAAAAGCUUCUAGGAUUAGAUCCUUUGGGGACCAUUCUUGCGGUUACUUCUAUUAUCUGCUACUUCCUUGCGCUUGAAUGGGGUGGUGUGUCAAAGGCAUGGAACAGCGCAGACGUGAUUGGAACGCUCAUCGGCUGGAUUCUCCUUGCUAUCGCUUUUGGUGUGGUGCAAUGGUUCCUGAAAGAGCGAGCAUCAAUUGUCCCCCGAAUCCUUGCCCAACGGCACGUAUGUGGUGGUGCAGCUUUUAUGUUCUUACUGAGUUGUGCGAACUUCAUGAUGAUUUACAACCUUCCGCUUUACUUCCAAUCUGUCAAGGGGUCUAGUCCGACCCUUAGUGGUAUACAAGUUCUGCCACUUAUUGUCUCUGCUUCCGUAACCGUCAUCAUCAGCGGUAUUCUCUUUACGAAGUUCCCCUUUUACCAGCUUUACCUCCUCGUUGGUGCCAGCUUGACUGCAGUUGGUGCUGGAUUGCUGUACACCCUUGAAGUGGACUCUUACGCGGGUGCAUAUCUAGGGUAUCAGUUUGUAGUCGGUAUUGGCAACGGCGCAUGUCAGCAGAUCCCUCUUACUGUGGUCCAGGCUUUUUCCAAGCCAGAGGACUUAGCUACAUCGAUGUCCACCCUUCUCUUCUUCCAGCUCCUUUCUGGUGCUAUGUCUGUGGCCGCGGCUCAAUCGCUCUUCAUAAACCGCUUACUCGCCGCCGCUGCCGUCCGCGUUCCAGAUGCCGAUCGCGCGACUAUUAUUGCCACAGGAGCUACUGAUCUUCAGCGCGUGUUCCCAGAAGGCCAAUUAUUGGGUAUACGCGAAAGUUAUCUGGAUGGAUUGCAUGCGGCAUGGGUCAUGGCCAUUGCGUUUGCGGGCCUUGCUUUGCUGACUGGACUGACGUUGGGGUUCAAGAGAAUUGGGAAGCCUCAGGGAGAAGCGCCAUCGAAGGUCGCGGAAGAGGGUGACAUAAGGGCUGAGGGAAAUGAGAUUCGGGUAAAUGAAGAGAAAGUGUAAGGGGUCUAAGGAAAUGCGAAUAUGAGUCAAUAAACUUGCGAGACUUGAAG